UAUUUUAAGGAGACAAUUGAAAAAAGCAAACAUUUUAUAACAUAAAAAUGUUUUAUAAUUAUAUGUUGUAUGUUUUUGUUAUAUAUUAUAAAAUGUUUGCUUUUUUAAAGCCAUUUUAAGUUCUGUACUGCCAAAAACUGUUACAUAAUAAAAGCUUUUUUGUCUGGCACUCAUCAGUGUAUAGAACGUUAACAAUAUUGAGGGUCCGAAAGAACAAUAUUGAAAAAUACACCCAGUUGUGGAUCAAAAAAGGCCAAUCGGAAAAACGCAAGCACAAGACCGGUAUAGUUGUCCAAUCAGUAUCCCGUCCCUAUAAAAAAAUCAACACUGGAAAUAAAGAGAGAAAGCGAUAUUCAUCUGUCUACACAAUAGCAGCUUGUUCGUUUGUAUGUAGAUCAGUUCUAAAACUACUGGAUGAAAAGUCGACCGGGCUCUGCCAAUUAUCUUAACCUUUAGGACAUUAUCUGCGUUAUGUUGUAUGUAUUGUCCGGUUGCAAAAUCACUUGUUUUAGCGAUGUUUUAAGACCUACAAGCUCGAGGAGACUAUACUGAGUGUAGUGGAAUUAGAUAUAAAAAACGGUCUAACCGGAUAAAAAUAAUAUAUAGCUGUAAUUUGGCACAGAUGUUCUAUACUAAGUUGGAAAUGACCAGAAAAAAGCCCCAUCAAUUGGGCAUUGGGAAUUCCUUAUUUAGGCAUAUACCAUAAUGACGCACUGAUCAGUAGUGGUUUAAAACUUUGAGGUUGCUAAAACCACCAAGUAUGUAUUAGAAUAUGCAGAUUUAGUGGUGAUUGGGCAGAAACAAAGUGGGACGAGUGAAUAUUGAAAAGCGCGCGGAAAAUAUGGCUGAUCCUCUGAAUAUUUUCUUUUUAUAUCGCAAAUUAUAUCGAUGCAAAAUCAUUAAGUGUGUGAAUAAGAUAAAGUAUGAUAAUACCCACUCAGCCCGGGCUGACACAACCCGGGCCCACUCAGCCCGGGCUGACUCAACCCGGGCCCACUCAGCCCGGGCUGACUCUAGUAAAACAAUCUUUACUGCAGCAGCAAAUUCCGGUCAAAUCUAAAGAAAUAUCUAAAUAUUAAAAACAAAGUAACUCGUGACCGAAGGGUCCAAACAACAUGAUUUUUUCAUUAUAUACUAAUUUAAAGAUGAAGAUUUCAAUUCUGACAGUUUUUCAACUUUUUCAUUGACAUCUUCCAUCUUAGUAAUUUUUGUUACUAAGACGUAAAGAGCACUGCCAAUUUCAGUGCAAAUUCAGAGUGGCUGCACAAAACUACAGCUUGAUGCUGGGCCAGUAAUAUUCCCUUUAUGCCCUUCACUUGAAGAACAGAAUUUUAGGGAAAUUUGUCGUGGAUUGCGGAAAUCUGGCAAUUUCUCAACCUAACGAGGGAAUUCUACACACUUACCGGACGCAGCUUGUCUCAAAAUAAUACACUGAUUGUAUAAAUUUCAAAAUGUUUAGCGGGAUUCUUAACCUGCUUCUUGUUGGAUAGGAUUUCAUCAUCGCAUUUUUUGAUCUUGUUAAUAUAUAAGUUGUUCUUAAAUAAACUUAUAUACAUUCAGAGGUGGCGCCAGAAAUCUUCCAACAGAGGGGUUGGAGCUUCCAACAGGGGGGCUAAAUUAACUAUAAUAUGCAGUUUUCGUACGUUAUUUUGUCAAAUUUGAUCCGACAAUAACCUAAAAUUUUCUUCCGAUAGGGGGGCUAGAUGCUUCCGAUGGAGGGACAGUAGCGCCCUAGCCCUCCCCUGGCGCCACCACUGUAUACAUUCUAUUGCCCAGUUGCCCCCUAUCUGCUAUUUUUGACCAGAAAGUACUUAUUUCCACAUUGUAAGGGCGUGUAUGUUGAAUAAAAGUUGUUCAGCAUGAAACUGUCUUUCAGAAUAUGUACAUAUGAUGUGGUUUUAGCGACAUCAAAAUUUGAACCCCUGUUGAUCAGUGCGUCAUAUGGGAUUUGCCAAAAUAAGGAAUUCCCAAUGUCCAGUUGAUGGGGCUUUUUUCUGGUUAUUCCCAGUAUCGUAUGGAACCUAUGUGCCAAAUUACAGCUUUUUAUUAUUUUUGUCCGGGUAAAGUCGUUAUUCUACCACACUAACUCUUUGAGGAGCAGUUUUGUUCGGUUGCAAAAUCGAACAUGUUCAGUUGUAGAUAUUGUCCGGAUGCAAAAUAAAUUGUUUUAGCGAUAUUUUAAGACCUACAAGCUCGAGGAGGCAGUUUUUUUCUUAUAUUUGAAGAAACAUGUUGUUUUAUCCCAUCCUCAUAUCUUUGGAUUUUGCGUCCUACGUAGCCAGAAUCACACUGGCACACAAUUUGAAAAACCAGAGAUACUGUCUUAUAUUGACACUUUAUUUCUUGAAUCAAGACAAGCCAAGCCUUUCAUAUUUAUACAAUUGCUACUGCUUUAAAAUAGUGCAACUUGGUCUCAUUCUUCUGUUUAGUUUCUGCAAAUCGCUGCGUAUGCUUUAGUGAAAUGCUUCUAACAUGGUUCGCUCGUCGUUCUUCAACUGAUGGAAAUCCUCUGUAGACCAGUCAUGCCACGGUUUUUUAACUGACUGGGUUAGCUUUAAAAUGUCUUCUUUAGAAGUAUAUUUUACAUCCGAGGCUUAUAGCUUUUCUACAGCAAUGAUAGGCUGGCUCUAACAAAAUGUGGUGUAACAAAAUAUGGUAAAAAGAUGCAGUGCCACUUUUUCAGCUCGUAAAAAUAAGGUUAUUUGACGCAUUAGCUUGUAAUGAAAAUUGAUUUUCGCAAAGUCUCCUAAACUCCUUCUCAAUCAGAAACUUUAACUCCCCCGAAAAAUCAUUUUCAUGACAUCAAAACGGAAAAUUUUGCUUUUACAACCGUUUUUAUCAUAGUUUAAAAAUUCGUCGAUAGCACUGGUAUGUCAUACAGCAUUAACAAUGAAUCUAACGUAUGUGAUAACUCGAUAUGGCAGCUGCAUCGCAUUGUAAGGUCAUUUCUUAUAGCAAGAGAAGAUUCUAUCGUACAGGUCAUUUUCGUUGUUAACUCCUCGCAGGGUGGACGCAUUUGGAUUGGCAGUGGAUGCUCAUCUCAGGUCUGCACAGUGUCGUUGCGAUUAUUGAGAAUAAGCUGCAGUAAAAAUCAGAAAUCUGCUCAGUCAACUCGAAAACCAAGCGUGCAGACCAAUGCAGCGAUGAGACGGAUCAAAAUCCGAAGUUUUGACAUUAGCGAGUUGCUGCUAGUUCUGCUUAUACUUCUGGCAGUUACAUUAGAAACGACGGGGAGAAUGGUAUGCAAGAAUAAUUUGAUGUGUGUGACGCAAAACCGAGAUAGUUGCUGCAAAUCCACGGGUGGCAGUUAUGGUGUCUGUAGUCCAUUAAUUCCACUUGGGAAGAAAUGUCAAAAGAAUGUUAGGAGAAAAUACCUGAUCGAUGGCUUUGCGUUGAGCAGUUGUGCCUGCGAAAGAGGACUGACUUGUACGAGGGUAAUCAAAAAACGAAAGAACAAGAAAAAAGGGAAAAAGUCAUACAGAAUAAAGUACAAAUGCCUACCUAUACGGAAAGAGGUACCUGAGGUGGCCGAAUUUCACCCCUGGUCAUGAUAUAUCCUUAUAUAUUAAAAUAAUCAAUCGCGGUAUUGUUAAGCUGCCACAAUUGGACCACGCCGUAUGGUAACCUAUACCUAGAUCGGCAUUAUCUGGCAUGCUGAUGCCUCCUUUACCCUCUGCCUGGAUAGCAGAUUGCCAGAUUGCAUAGCUCGGUCUCCCGUGACUUGGCCUGCCGGACUUUGAUGCAUAUGCCUUGUCUGAUUAACACGUCAUGUUCAUCCAAAGAUGAACUUCACUGAUGGACAAUGUAUGCUUAUAUAAAUGUAUGAUGAAUAAACGUGAGAUUAUAAUCUAUAUUAAUGCAUUAGAUCUCCAGCUAUAUUUACGCAAUACUUAUGCUAAUAUAAACGAUAAGAUAAACAUCUUUAGACUGAGCAGAAAAAUGUUUGAAUUAGCUAAUGUGCAUUUAAAGCCACUUUAACAUGCUGCUUAGAAUUACUUCGUACUGACGACGCUGGACUGUUAAGACAGAUAAAAUUGUAAAUAAUUAUAUCAGGCUAAUUAUUUCAUUCACCGUACAGUUUCUUUCCGGCUCAAUGCCCAGCUGUCUUCUCAAGGCUACUCGAGAUCUUGAAUCUAAAGUGCACCAAUUAUGGUUACAGCAAUACCUAAAUCAGGGGCAUCAGUACCAGGGAAGCGGGGCUACCAAAUCCCCCCCCCCCCCCAGUUUUCGGAAAUGCAAUUUCAUACUUGCUUUCUCCGUGUAUAACCGUCGUUUUGAAAGGGUAUCUCUUAUUACCCCGCUACGCCCAUUCAUAUUUCAGCUAAAAUCCCUCAAUUUCAAUUUUUAUUCAUGCGUCCCUGAUAUUGAACGCAAGCACCCAGGAAUCUAUGAUGCAAAUUUUACAGCUAGUCUUCUUCAGUCGAAUUGAUAAUGAAGACAAAUGUUUUGACUGCUUAAUUGCACGUGUAAUUUCAAUCAGUCAAAAAUAUGGUCGAGGAUGACGUCAAACGAACCACGCUGGGUGAAAUUGGAAAUAGAUUUAACCUUUGAAAUGAUUGAACAUGUAUUUAACAUUGGUUUGAAUAAUCAAGGAAAUUCGCUGUUCGUGUUGCCUUCUUGUGACUAACAAAUUUCGGAAUUAAUGUGCAUAUUCCUUUGAGUCUCUAUGGAUUUACAUUGUUCUGAUGCCCAACAUUUGCUAAGGACUUUUUUGACUGCUCUUUCAAGAAAUGUAAACAUUUGAAAAGUUACCGUAAAGGCUCUAUUAAGCCCCCUCUCUCUAUUAAGCCGCCCCUCUCUUUUAGCCUUUGUUGUCAACAAGAAAAACAUGGACAUUUAAUGGGUCUCUUGACGGGCGCGACGAUGAAAGACUUAAUUUUGCGCCUAAGAAGUCACUUGAAAUUUGUUUAGAAGAUGUCCUAGGGUUAACAAUUGAUCCUGGUGAUUCUGAUGAAAAUGAGGACCUUAUAAUUGAUUAAUUAGACUUUCGCAGCUGCUAGCAAAGUUUUCUGACAAAAUUUGUAUGACAUUUUAAUAGGUGUUUGUUUUAUGAUGUUUAAAAAAUAGACAAGGACAUUUUUAAAACAUUUAUUACUUCAAAUUUUUUUAAUAAGCCCCCUCUCUCUAAUAAGCCCCCUCUCUUUUAAGCCCCCCUCUAGGACUGAAUAAAGUAAAUAAGCCCCCCUGGGGCUUGAUAGAGCUUUUAGGGUAUUCAAACAUAAGUUCAGAAUCCCUAGAUAAGUAUGUAUGGUCGUUGUUUUGUAAAAAUAGUAAAGUGCAAGGGGGUUAUGUUUUUACAAACUAAAACAGUGACAAUGGUCAAAUGCAGAUUUUUGAAAUGGAACCAUAUUUUGGUUCAUCAACUCGCACAAUGAAUUCUUUUCGACGGCUUUGAGCUCAUGUUUGCCAAGAAAACCAUAACAAUAUGGGCGAAAGUUAUUGAAACACGAAAGGCCAUAAGAAAGAAUUGAUUGACUACCAUGCACACAAAAACUGCAUUAUGCAGCAUGUAAUUUAAUGGAUAUCAGGUUCUACAUUAUUGUAUAACCAACUCUUUAAUGUUGUAAUUAAUUAACUUUUAUUUUUUUUCGUUUAUUUGUGUAUUUAGUAAUUUUUCCAUAAUUUAAUUUCAAUAAAUUUACUGUUGGAGAGUAUGUUGAAGUGCAUAGAUAUAUGAAAGUCCAGAUGCUGGUUUCAA